GUUUAGUCUGCCAGCAGCGAUGCGCGCAUGCGCCGACAUUCUUAUUUUCGCGUCAUGUUUUAUUUACGCGAGACCGGAUUCACAUCGCGAAAACGUAACAGAUUUAAACAAUACAUCCAAAAAUCUCGAUAGCCUUGUUACAUGUGUUAAAAAUAUUGGUCUGUCAAAAUGUGUGAACGCGUACGGAGUAUGGAAAGCGGAAAGCGCUUUAAAAGCAGACAUACAAGGACCAGGACGCUUCAGAGAGACAUUCCCUUGGCAGCGCUUUAACAUUUCGGAUGAGGAACUAUCGGAGAAGUUAUUUAAUGGAACUAAUGGCCUUUUACAACAACGGUCCCUUGAGAUGACUUUGAACAAUAACUACGUUUUGAAAUUGGGGACGACGAGUGAUGGAGUGAUGAAAAUUGACUUAGUAAAAACUGACGGGGCGACCACCAGUAGAACCUCGAUGAAAAAGCUCACCAAACGUUUUUACGCUAUAAUGCCGCUUUUGAUAUUGCCAGGAUUACUGAUGUCCGCCAUCUUGCCUUUCUUCUUGCCAACACUAAAAAUGAUGACCCUUGCCACGGGCAUACUGAACAAUAUGGCUUUAACCGGCGCUGUGUUCACUCUCCUCAGAAAUAAUGCAUUCAAUGAUAGGUAUCAGAAGAGAGUGAUUUAUUUAAAUAAUGGUUACUUGAAUGAUAAGUAUCCACAAAUCAGCAGUUCGAUAUCCAAUGUUGUUGUCGACACAGGCUUCGCUAACAGUUUAAACGAAUACGCCGCAGAUGUUACAAAAGAUUUCCGUCUAGUCGGAAGCAAACCAGUCGGUGUAGACUAUCAAGUGACCCCACAGUGGCUGGAUACUAUUAAUGAAGGAGACGGUAAGAUACGUAAUGUAAAAAUUUUAGGUCAUGAUAGCAAUUUUUUUAAUCCCUUGCGUAAAGAAGAUAAUUUAAAUAAUAACGAAGUUUUUGAUAGAAAUGAAUAAAAUGUGAGACUGAUACUGUUCUUAGCAUAUAACGCAUAUUAUUUAUACGUCACAAGUAUAAUAAUUUAUUACAACACAAAAAUAUAUUAUAUUGUUAUAUAAAGAAAUUAAUGAAGAAUUGAAUUAUUAUUAUUUCCUUGUUUUCACAUUCGCAUUGCUAUUAUUUCCAGUUUGUAGCAUAAUAGUUUCACUUCCUACUGAACUGAGGAACCAGCAGAGCUUGGUAUUUUAUUGCUUUGGAAGAAUAUAUUAAAAA